AUGCGUGAUGUCCUGGGCUCCAGGCCGAGUGUUGUGAUGGUGGUGUUCGGGGAGGAGAAGUGCAGAGACGACCAGCUCAAGCACUGGAAGUACUGGCACUCCCGACAGCACACGGCCAAGCAGCGCUGCCUAGACAUCGCGGACUACAAGGAGAGCUUCAACACCAUCGCCAACAUAGAGGAGAUCUCCUACAACGCCAUCUCCUUCACCUGGGACACCAACGAGGAGGCCAAGAUCUUCAUCUCGGUCAACUGCCUGAGCACGGACUUCUCCUCGCAGAAGGGGGUGAAGGGUCUGCCGCUGAACCUGCAGAUCGACACCUACAGCUACAACAACCGCAGCAACAAGCCCAUCCACCGCGCAUUCUGCCAGAUCAAGGUCUUCUGUGACAAAGGCGCCGAGCGCAAGAUCCGCGACGAGGAGAGGAAGCAGUCCCGCCGGAAGGGGAAGGUGUCGGAGCACAGCAGCACCAUGGGGGCCUUCGCCGACGUCAAGGUCCCGCUGCUGCAGAAGAGGAACGACGUCACCACCUUCAAGAUGAUGAGCGACUUCGAGACGCAGCCGGUCCUCUUCAUCCCCGACAUCCACUUCUCCAGCUUCCAGCGCCAUCCUUUCACGACGGAGGAAGGAGAAGACAGCUCUGGCAUGAAGAGGGUGCCCUUUGCUGAAGACGAGUUUGGAACCCCUCCGAACAAGCAAGCAAGACUGGACGAACCAAAGAAAGUCCUUCUGUACGUACGCAAAGAAACAGAGGAGGUGUUUGACGCUGUCAUGCUGAAGAUCCCCACCCUGAAAGGCCUUGUGGAAGCUAUAUCAGAGAAAUAUGAGCUACCUUUGGCAAAAGUUGGAAAGGUCUACAAGAAAUGCAAAAAAGGGAUCCUAGUCAACAUGGACGACAACAUCAUAAAGCACUACUCCAACGAAGACACCUUCCAGAUCUCCAUGGAGGAGAUGGGAGGAAUAUACAAGCUCACCCUCACUGAGAUCUGAGUCUCGGACGAGGUGGGAAGGCCUUCACUACUAUGAGUUUACACUGAAUCUAGCUGGUUUACCGGCAGUAACAGCUAUGAUCGCGAAGCUAAUGGAGGGGACGGUGUGUCCCUGAGGUCAACGGGGGGCCUGUGUUUCAUAUGGAAACGCAGGAUCUAAUGGAUUGUAGCUCUUAUUAUGCAAAUGCAUUGAUUAAAGAUAAAAUGUAAACAUUUAAAUUCUUUUUUCUAAAACUGUUUAUGUGUACAUAAGUAUCGGGACAUUGAUGACACUCUUAUGAUGUUAUUUUUAUUUGUUAGUCGCAGCAGAAUAUGAUUUUUACUUUGUCCAGAACAUGCAGGGCUUUUGUGUUGUCAUCAUACCUCAUUCUAUGGAGGCAACAAUCUUUUUUUCACAUGUGCAACAACAUGUACAGGCAUAAUGUGUGUGUAUUACGUGGACAGACAGCGAUGGCCAGCACCUGUUGUUCCAUUCUCUAAAGCCAUAGCACUGAUGAUGCAGUCUGCAGGGUGACACACAGAGGGAAGAGAGAGGCCUGAAACAACCAGACCCCUGGGGUGUAUUAACAGUGAAGAUCCUGGCAGUAUUUAGUUUCUAAAGCGCUCUUUACCGUGAGUUAAACGGUAUAGUUGUACAUAUUAGGAAUGACCACAGAUACUGUUUGUAUAAAAUAUAGUCUUUUUUUUCAGAUCAAGUUUGAUAUCAAAUAUUUUCAUCAGUAUAUAAAGUAUUACAUAACAGAUGAGUAGAGGAUACCUAAUUCGAACAUGGAGGUUCCCCUCUUUUGAGUAGAGUACAGUAGAUAGACACCAGUUUCUCGCACAUCCGCACAAACCAUCCUGAUAGUGCAAUAUCAUAUUUAUCUCCAGACACAAUCAUUUUCUGAUGGCCAUUUCUUUGUGAUAUAUUUGUGAUGCAUGUCAAAGUCAGGUCAGUGCCUUUGUCAAGCUCUGCUCUAAAGUAAUGCUUGAUCUGCACAACCUUUUGUAUAUCAGUACUUAUGUGUAUAUAUUUAUUAAGAGUGUGGAUGUGGGAACUUUUUACAAUAUAUUUCCAAAUGUCUAAACUACAAUUAAUAAUAUAAAGUUUUUUUUGGUUUCUUUUUCUAUGAAGUUGUUUAAGAGCGUUAUGAUGUUAACAUGUAUUUAAAUCCCGAUGCCUAAUUCAUUUUUGUAAAAGCAUUGAUGCAGUACGUCAAUAAAAGAGGACUUUUACCUGUACCAGCUGUUGUUCUUGUU